UCAAAUCUCUCAUUUAUCUAAAUUACCAUAAUUUUAUAGUCAUGAUUUAUUAAUUUACCCUUAUUAAUUUAUUUAAUGAUUAAAUUAUUAUUACCUUAUUAAUUUAUUUAAUGAUUAAAUUAUAAUUAAAUUUUAUUGGUGUAUAAAUACAAACAAUAAAACAUUUGAACCGCAUCUUAUUGACUAACUCUCAAUAUAUAGUUUUUUUAAAUUCAACAGAUGAAUAGAAGAUUUUGGUUGAUGGAUUUUGCCUUGUAUGCUUCACCUUCUUUCCGUCAUCCGCACAGAUGAACAGAAUCAUCCAUCUACUGAAAAACUGUACUUCCGCCUCUCACAUCGACCAGAUCCAAGCUCAGCUCAUCCACCACCAUCGCCACCUAUAUCUCAACAUUACCGUAGCCCACUACUUCAUCACUGCCUGCAAAUCCUUUUCCCUCUUAACCUCAGCUUACCUCCUUUACACUCGUCACCUCGACUUCAAACCCCACGUCCGCAUAUGCAACACCCUCAUGAAAGCAUUAACGCCUCAUGCUUCAAUAUCAUUCUACGCCCACAUGAACCGCAACUCCAUUUUUCCCAACAACUACACCUUCCCUCUUGUCCUUAAAUCCCUCUCCGACCUUAAAGACACCUUAAGAGGUCAAGCAGUUCAUACACAUAUCAUUAAACUGGGUCAUCUUAAUGACAUUUACGUUGAAAAUUCAUUGAUGAGUCUGUAUUCGUCAGGUGGGGAAAUGGGGCUGUGUCGCCAGGUGUUCGAUGAAAUGUCUCAAAGAGAUGUGGUCUCCUGGACGGUUAUGCUUACCGGAUAUAGACAAUGUGGGAAGCUUAAUGAUGCAUUAUUGACAUUUAACCAAAUGCAUUAUGCAGGUGUGGCGCCUAAUCAGGUGACCAUGGUUAAUGCGUUAGCAACAUGUGCGAGUUGUGGUGCUAUUGACAUGGGUGUUUGGAUACACGAGUUUAUAAAGAGGAACUCGUGGGAACUUGAUGUGAUCUUGGGGACUUCAUUGGUCAACAUGUAUGGAAAAUGCGGUAGGAUUGAAGAUGCUAUAGAUGUUUUUCUUAGCAUGGAACAGAAGAACGUGUUCACUUGGAAUUCCUUUCUCAAGGGUUUAGCCAUGACAAAACAUGUUGAAGAGGUGUUGUGGUGGUUUUCAAGAAUGGAACAAGAAGAGGGUAUCAAGCCUGAUGAAGUGACUAUGGUUGUGGUACUAUCUGCUUGUGCUCAUUCUGGAUUAGUAGAAAAGGGGAGAGAAAUCUUUUCUUCAUUAUUUAACAGGAAAUACGGGUUUCUUCCAAAUGCCAAGCAUUAUGCUUGUUUGGUUGAUCUUUUAGCACGUUCGGGUUCUUUAAAAGAGGCCAUGGAAAUCAUCAAGGAAAUGCCAUUUGAGCCUAGUAAAAGUGUAUGGGGAGCUCUUUUUGCUGGGUGUAGAGCUCAUGGGGACUUGGAAAUGAGCGAGCUUGCAGCUUGGAAACUUAUAAAACUUGCACCAAAUGACCAUACUUGCUAUGUUGAAUUGUGUAGUCUGUACACUGAUAUGGGAAAGUGGAGUGAAUUGGAAAGAGUUCAAUCAUUGAUGAGGGCAAACGGGCUUAAGAAUGAUUCAGGAGUUGCUCCCUUGGAACCCAAAUACAUGAUUACUUAUUAGUUAUUAGAGAUGAUUACUCAUUGAUGGGGGCAAAUGGGCUUAAGAAGGUGGUGUUUGUUUUUUGAGCUAAUAGAGAUGAAACUCGACUUAAUCUACUAAGCUAUACAUGAGUGUUUUUUUUACUUAAUGUAGAAAAAAACGAAAGUGUCCUAACCUUUUACAAAUUUGCCAAUCAUUUUUCUUUUUUUUUUCUUCCAUUGUGGUCUAUCUUUUUCUUAAAUAGUUUUAAGGGAAAAUGACACGCUUAAUUUUUUUUUUCUUUUCGGUUUUACCUGCCGGUUACCAUGCCACGUGGUAGCCACGUUGGCUGGCUGCUGACUAUGUAUCUUGGUUGAUGUAAAGCCACGCCAACACACCAAAAUGAAAGGAAACGAGAACUCAUGAUUUUGUAAUUAGUAACAUCCGUUUUGCAUAUGUUAGUACACUUUGAUACGUAUUUAAUGUAUCUUUCAGUAAUACUUAUUUUUUUCAUA